CCAGACGAAAGCGAGAAGGCCGAUUAAAUGAAACUGAAGAACAAAGAACAGGACGGUUGUAUUUCGACGCAGAAAGGCAUGCUAGAACACGGCAAAAUGAACUGCCCGCUCAAAGGACAGCAUGGCCGGGCUUUAAUCCUGAAAGGACGGCAAGCGAACCGCAAAACGAGUUUCCCCCUCAAACACCAGUUGGGCUAGACUUGGAUGCAGGAAGGCAUGCAAGACACAGCAAAAUAAAUUGUCCGCUCAAAGAACAGCACGGUUGGACUUGAAUGCUGAAAGGCCUGCAAUGGGAAGCCUUCCAUCGCCUUCCGGCAGUAUGGGCCCCUCGGUGCAGGCCUUCAGACCACUGUUCAACGACUAUGGACCCCCAUCUAUGGGCUACCUACAGGGUGUGAGCAGCAGUCAGGUGCCACAGAGCAAGUACGCAGAGCUACUCGCGAUCAUCGAAGAGCUGGGGAAGGAUAUCAGGCCAACGUACGCUGGGAGUAAAAGUGCCAUGGAACGUCUGAAGAGAGGAAUUAUUCACGCCCGGGGUCUGGUACGAGAAUGCUUGGCUGAAACUGAACGCAAUGCAAGAUCGUAAUGCUCUCAUGGUUUUGAGGUUACGACGGACUUGUGGGGUGGGGGAACGGCAAACUGUCAAUCUUUUUCAAAUGUUAUUUCUGGAAAAAGAAAUUUCUCUUCUUUUGCAAUGUGUUUCUGACCACACUGUUUUCUGUACGUUAGGCGUCAUCAUUUCUGCAUUUGGACAAAAAUGAGAGGUAUCUGUAAUGUGUGUUUUACCCUGAGAGACCCUGAGGAAGAAUUCAGCGGUCUACUUAACUCCUCAUUCUCGCCUCGUUUCCUCGUGACAAAAGACUCAUAUUCCCAAAGGCCACGUUGUUUUGCCUCUCAAAUAACAACUUGCAUUUAUAUAGCGCCCUUCAUGCCGGACGGCAUCUCGGAGCGCUUAAAAGCAUUUGGCUUUGCAUGACAGAAAAAAAUAUGCCUUUCAGUUGAGUUUUAAUAUCACUGGGGGCUAGGCCCCGAGGUGUUGGUAGCAGCAAUCGUAUCACUGUUUGAAGGGAAUAAAAAGUAUUUUUGCACAGAGGGGAAACAGGAACUGUCCUGCCCCUUGGAAAUCUCAACAUGGUUUAUUACUUGUGCAAUUAUAAUUUACAGUUCAGCUACUGUACACAAGGUAAAUGUGCAUCUUUGUAUUGUAUUUAUUUCUCAAUGUAAUAAAGCUUAUUUUCAUUAA